AUGCCGCCCGGGCGCCGCCGCUCCCCCUCCUCUCCUCCCGCUCCGAGCCCAGGCCCAGGCCCGGCAGCCGCAUUCGCGCGGCACCAGCCGAAGGGGGGUUCGGGCACCGAGGGCGGGCCGGCCGGAGCGCGGCGGCGUGAGGGGCUGGGGCGCCGGGAGGGACCGGCGUCGGAACAAAGGCAGUGGUUACUCCAGCGGCCGCAGGGUCGCCGCCGCGCGACGGAAGCGCGCCAGGCUGCGGGCUCCCGAAUCCCUCGCCGUCCGCAUGGCCCCUCGCUCCCCUCAGCCGCUCAGCCCGACGCCAGUGACCGCCUCCAGCCGCCGGAGGAGGCCAGUCCCCGCAGGUGGCGCGCACAGGCCCCGCCCUCCCGCGCACCCGGCCGGCGCCUCGCCGCCGACGCCGCCACACCCCCGCCUCUCCCGGGCCCCCAUAGGGCGCGCCCCCGGCGGCCCCGCCUCCUCCGGCGACUGGACCUGACGUCACUUCCGCCAGCUGCGGGGUCAGCCCCGGUCCCUGCAGCGGGAUGCUUCCCGGGAGUGGGCUUCGUGCCGCUGUGUCCCGAGCGUCACUGGUGUCGCACCGUCAGGGCUCAGCCUUCGAGCCCGUACCGGAGGCUUGUGAGCGGCUCACCUGGAGCCCCGGGCCGGGAGUCAUCGGGUGUGAAGGGCGCUCUCUGGGCGGCGUGCGCUUGGAUUUCGUUAAUACGGCACCUAAGUGGCAGAUAG